ACUUCAAAGCCAUAAAUCUUCCCUCUGACUGGCUGGCGGCCCAGCAAAGUCCUUAUCAAAUUCUUGGAGGUGAUCCUGAAGCGCUCAGACCGCGCGCGGGGCGAGCGAGCGGGGCGCGGCGAGGGGCGAGGGCGGGGAGGGCCCCGGCGCGCAGAGCAGGCGCCAGGGAGGCAGGCUGGGCGGCCCUUCGUCCUCGCCUUCGGGUGUCCAUGCCUCGGCGGCUGCGUCCCGCUCCGCAGCCAGGGGCCUGCAAGCCAUAGCCAUGGCCGCGGUGGCCGUCCUCCGGAACGACUCGCUGCAGGCCUUUCUCCAGGACCGCACCCCCAGCGCCUCCCCGGACCUGGGCAAGCACUCGCCCCUGGCAUUGCUGGCCGCCACCUGUAGCCGCAUCGGCCAGCCGGGCGUGGCGGCGCCCCCGGACUUCCUGCAGGUGCCCUACGACCCCGCGCUGGGCUCACCCUCCAGGCUCUUCCACCCGUGGACCGCCGACAUGCCGGCGCACUCGCCAGGCGCACUGCCGCCCCCGCACCCCAGCCUGGGGCUGACGCCGCAGAAGACGCACCUGCAGCCGUCCUUCGGCGCUGCGCACGAGCUUCCCCUCACACCCCCCGCCGACCCCUCGUACCCCUACGAGUUCUCGCCGGUCAAGAUGCUGCCCUCGAGCAUGGCGGCUCUGCCCGCCAGCUGCGCGCCCGCCUACGUGCCCUACGCGGCGCAGGCCGCGCUCCCUCCGGGCUACUCCAACUUGCUGCCUCCGCCGCCGCCACCGCCCCCGCCGCCCACCUGCCGCCAGUUGUCACCCAACCCGGCCCCCGACGACCUCCCGUGGUGGAGCAUCCCGCAGGCGGGCGCCGGGCCGGGGGCCUCCGGGGUUCCGGGAAGCGGCCUCUCCAGCGCCUGUGCCGGGGCCCCCCACGCGCCCCGCUUCCCCGCCUCUGCGGCGGCUGCUGCUGCGGCCGCCGCCGCCCUGCAAAGAGGCCUGGUGUUGGGCCCGUCGGACUUUGCGCAGUACCAGAGCCAGAUCGCCGCGCUGCUGCAGACCAAGGCCCCCCUGGCGGCCACGGCCAGGAGGUGCCGCCGCUGCCGCUGUCCCAACUGCCAGGCGGCGGGCGGCGCCCCCGAGGCGGAGCCGGGCAAGAAGAAGCAGCACGUGUGCCACGUGCCAGGCUGCGGCAAGGUGUACGGGAAGACGUCGCACCUGAAGGCGCACCUGCGCUGGCACACGGGCGAGCGACCCUUCGUGUGCAACUGGCUCUUCUGCGGGAAGAGCUUCACGCGCUCGGACGAGCUGCAGCGGCACCUGCGGACUCACACGGGCGAGAAGCGCUUCGCCUGUCCCGAGUGCGGCAAGCGCUUCAUGCGCAGCGACCACCUCGCGAAGCACGUCAAGACUCACCAGAAUAAGAAGCUCAAAGUCGCUGAAGCCGGGGUUAAGCGGGAGGACGCGCGGGACCUGUGAGCCCUCCCGGAGGUGGACCCCCUUCCCAGCACCUCUGCGGGAGAUCCGGGGACCUGUGGGCAGCUGGCGGAGGGGAGACUCAGCAGACGGACCCUCUCCGUUGCCUGCCUCCCGAAAUGGAGCUAGGCUCCCAACUUCCCCUGCCCUCGGACAUAGGGACCCAGUUCCCAGGAGCGGGGAGGUAGGGUUGGGGCUGAGGCAUUUGGAUUAUAAUUGGAAGCUCUGCCUUACGCCAGGGCGGUUCCAAACUAUAAACCGUUCCCACCGUCAGGGAGACCUACAGUUUUGGGGGACCACCCUGGGCUGGCCUUGUAUAUAGGAAAUGCUGCUGAAGUGAAGCGAAAGGAACUUGGGAGAUUUGAAAUAGUGCUUGGGUUUUCGCUAGGACCGGUUUGGGCUUUGUACAGGUUAUUUAAUAGCUUUAAGAUAAUUAUAAUAAUUAUAACAUUAAUAAAAACGUUGCUUUUGUCUUCAGCUCCAUGCAGAGCUACAGCAUGAUAUGUCUCUGUAAAGUGAUCAGCAGUUGCAGCGUGAAAAUAAAUACGUUAACUCAGGGGUCACUACAGGAAGACCCCGCUGA